AUGGAAAAGGUAAUAGUUUGGUCGGAGAAUGUGACCCAUAGUAUCGAAGAAACAAAAACUUCUCUCUAUUUUCCACCUUAUUUCUCCUUUUUCGCAGUUAUUACACAAUAUCGGUUCUCGAUAGAUAGUCCUUGAAAUUCUAUCUCUAUCUCAAUUUUCCAUUCUCCAUUCCUAUUUCUCUCAACCCGUUUCUGACUGCGUAUCAGUCAAAAACUUACCUUCCUGAGAAGUGAAGGCUACUGUCUAUUAUCUACUAUCGAACUCUCGUCCACUAAUCGGCUUAUUUUCACGAACCUACACCCAGCAAUACCCCAAUCCGUGUGAUAUUGCUUGAAGUUGGUAGGUCAUUCGUUUUUGUAUUCUGUACAAGUGGAAUGGAAAAACAUUUCAAAAAAUUAACAAAAUUCUGGUAUCAUCAAUCUUUUCCCUUUUUCUUUUUCUUUUUUUUUCUGUCAGUUCUGAACGUGACAUGUGUUCGCCCAUGGUCCGUCGUGCCGUCAGUUGUACACAAUACUUUAUCGCGACCGUUUGAUUUAUUGGCAUCGAUCAUGACCACUAGUCGUCUUGAGUGCAACGGCCGGGGUUCUAUCCGAUUGUCUUCUCUUCUUCUUGUUUCCUCUUCGUCUUUAAAGACAACAGCCGCGCUCGUGGCUUUUCCUGUUUCUUCAAAGAUUCUCAUUUGAUCUUCGUUUCUCAUUGGUCGCUGACAGAUACCGUAAUCAGAAGAAGCGGAACCAGCUUUUGAAUGGUGUACUGUCCAAUCAAAGUCCGAGUUCUUACGUGAAGUGGACUAUUUUUCAUCUCUAAAACCAGCGCAAAUGCUUUUUUCCCUAUUCCCAAGAACCAGCACUUUUGAUCAAAAAUUAGUUUUGUGAGGCUCAGUGCGUCUGUUUUCCUUCCUUCUCAGACGUCUGCGCUUGCUACAUUCUUCUGAAGCGCACUAAGUCAGAUAAAAGUUUGUCAAGUGGGUUUUUCACUACGUGUGCACUUCUGGGCUGUCUGGGGCGUACUUUCAACCUUUCAAUUUGAAAAAAAGCGGGCAAAAUAUUGUUUGGCUCCUCAAAAACGAGAAUUUUGUGCUUGACAGCGAAUGAACAGUGUUGAUGUUGAGGAAAACUGACAAUUUUAAGAAUUUUGACUAGGAUUUUAUCUUUCAACGAGAAUUCCAAUGAUCUCCUUAUCUACCGCCUCCCUUGAUUAACAACAGACAGCACCAGAAUAGAAAGAUAGCAAUUGAUCGUUCAAAUGACGUCAUUUCCCCGCACAAAGCAAAACGUUUGCAUCCGUGGUGUACCCCAUGUGAUCGCAGUGCAUUUGAUCUAUCAACAAUUGAAGGAGUCGGAGAUCGAAGAAACCCUCGUUUCCCAUGUCAUUCGACUCUUUUUUCCGCGCUCCCCAAAAAUGUGUUUUCCUUGCAUUGCAUCCAGAACAUUCUUGUUGUUUUGGUUCUUCUCGUCGCAUCCUCGUCCCGUCCCGUCCCCCAUCUUUCACGUGAUCACCAGUGCCUUCCAUACAGUUGUGUUCUGUUCUGUUCUGUUCCGGGCAUGAUCAUUGGUUCUUUGUUUUGUCAGUUGCCCAUCCAUCGGCCACCCCGUCAUGUUUCAAGUUCGUCGCGUACUCACUUUUCGCUCUGAUGACCUUUAAAAGCGCUUUCAAAGUUGAGUUCUAUCCCUUUCUAGAAGUGAAUAGGCGGAGGUCACACGCUUUCAUAUCCGAUUCAUCCCUUCCGUCCUCAUGAUGGGCAUUCAUUGCGUACAAAAUUGUUGCGCGCCUGUCUAUUUUUAGAAGCAUAAACGUUUGAAUCAAUUUUUGUGUUAGGUGGCAUCUCAACGGUCACGAGACACAAUACUACUUAUCCGUUUCCUUGUUCUUAUUCUUCCUUUGUCGCCCAUAAGUCUAGCGGAUUCGUUCUGAUUUUUUACCUCGACUUUCUCUUCAAAGAACGGUGACAAUGAAAAAAAACUAGACGGAAGAAAAAGAAAGGUAAAAGAGUCAUGUUUACAGUGAGUUCACUUUUGAAAUCUCGUGAUUCUUCCAACUUUCAAUUUUUGAAACAAAAACGUACACGACAUAACGUAUUCAAAGAUUCGUCGAAUAUUCUCUAGUCUGCGGGUACUUCAGAUUAGAACUUUUGACUUUUGAAGAAUCUUCGAAGACGCGCGAGGAAAGGUGAAAACGAAGAUUUCGGUGUCGGAUAAUAGAUGCAAAUCUCGCACUCAGGUCAAUCGAUGCACCGAACAUCCUCCUAUCCGCCAUCCGCAUGAUUCGGAGAGAGUGACGAGUGUGUUGUUGUGGAAAACAUUGCGGCGUUUGCGGAGGGUCCUAAACCUCCACGGCCAGAGCAGACUCUCCCACCCACCACAAGUCCUCUCCGGCGAACCACAGGAGAGAGCGGGUCUUCUCUUCCUUUCCACUGCUGUUUCCCCCAUCUCUUUGCCUCUCGUUAGUUAUACGUUUCUCUGCGCUCCGUCUCUUUUCAACGGCUUUCCCUGCACCCAUUGUGUGCUCAUGACUUGUAUUUUGACGGUCGUGGCGCCACGCUCUUUUCAUGCUACCGACGUUUUUACCAGUUUGAAAAGAGUUCUUAUCACUCACUAACAUCGAAUACAUUCAAGUUUGGUUUGAUGGUAGAAAAGGGUGCUCACAGUUCUUCACCAAUUUUAACAUCAUAUAAAUCUUUUUUUGUUGAACCACUUAAUUGUUCCCCUCUUUUAAUCAGUAAAUUUUUUCAGAAGUACCUGUACAAGUUCUUCAACUCCAUCAAAGUCCCUCCUUCAAGAAGAGUUUGUGAGCAAGACACUAACCGCUUACGAAACUGGAGCCCAACUACGAUCAGUACUACGAUCCCGACGUCGAAUGCCAUCUGUAUGUAAGUCGUGUGUGUUUCGCUUUCCCUCGUGUCCUAGUUUAAAAGAGAGAAAGAGCGCUCGAUCUUUUAAAAUGGUCUCCCUUGAUGCAUGUUUCUAUUUGCUCAUUACUAGUGUUAUACUACCACUCUUUUUCUCAUUCUCUUCCUCUUUCAUUUUCGCUCAAUAUCUAUCCGAUGGUUGUUCAAAUAUGCGCGUUUGGCUCACAUUUUUUUGAAAAAGACGUUUUGAAAAUUAAUCCAUCAAGCGUGAAAGAAAGUAGCAUCCAAGGAAUGUUGAACAGUUAGGGUUAGAACGUGGCAGCUUGAUUUGAAUCUGAGUCAAUCUAGUGAGAACACAAAAAAAUGUAUCCAGAACUCCAUAGACAAAAUCUUUUUCCUCAGAUUCAGCAGAAAUUUAGGGUCCACACUUUGUCCAAAUAUUCCACCUGAACCGUAGUUUUUCUAGCAAGUUGAACAGUACGUACUAAUAUGUUGACUUCAGUAUCAUUUUCUAUGAGAUCAACGAGUUGAAGUCUUGAACUCAAUUGUUAGCAUCCCCCCGAUCUUUCUUUUUCCUUUCCAACAAGUGAAACGAGAGGAAAAAUCAGUUUGUUGCAAAACCAAACCGCUUGGUCGCCCGCGUACGCGCAUUAUCGGCGGCAGCAGGAGAGACGUGAUGUUUUCCAUCUUUAAAAGUUGCCCUCCGACGGUGCGGCCCGAAAUAGCACGUGCAGAGAGGAGGGCGCUUUUCGCGUUCUUUGUCAAAAAAGAUAUCGUCAUCAUUUCUCUUUCUCUCUCUCUUACUCUUACUCUGCAUCUUACCAUUCUCGUCACCACAGUUUGGCUGGUUGUUGUUUGCAUGUACGCACAGAGAAUGGAAGUGCGAACAAGAUAUUUUUCUGUAAGACACACACAUACAAAAGAGAUGUUGUGGUGUGGAUAUUUAUGAAGAUCUCAAACCGGUUACAUUACCGUUGCCCCCACAAUUAUUAUUGUCAUUUCAGAAUAGCAGCGUGGCAACAAGCAUGUAUAAUACAAGAAGAGCCGCCUACAUGAACUCGUGCAGCACGGCCAUGGAGCUACCACCGCAGAGUCUUCAUCAGAAUUGGCAAGGUGUGUAUGUGUACUUGAUGAUCUCUCAAAAAUAACGUCUUUUCUUGGUACUCAUUUUCUACGGCUAAAAUAAUGCGAACAAACUUUUCUCCUGUUUUUAUGUCAUUUUCAGACAAUAUCGCAUGAUUUUCAGACACCGAGUAUGUGCAUAACUCAAGUAGCAAUGAAAUGGAUGUAGGUGACAUGCCUAUGUUUGGAAAUGACAAGGAUGAUGGUAAGUUUUGGGGUCUCACCGCGAGAAUUUGAGUUACUAAGAUGCUAGCAAGAAACUUUACAUUUUUGUAGCCUUCUCCGAUUUUUUGAACCCGACAUCUAUCUUUUCCAUUUUCAGAACCGUACUUUGAAAAUGAAAAGAAGACAACAAGAAAAAGAGCGAACACCACAGGCAGCAACGGCGGUGGAACUGACAAAGAAAGCAAGAGAACAGCGAAUAAAGUUUGUUUUGAAUGCCAUCCUCUCCCAAAGCCCAAUAAAUGUUUUCUGACGUUUCAGAUCUGUCGGGUGUGUGGCGACAAAGCGUUCAGCUACAAUUUCAAUGUGAUCACAUGCGAGUCGUGUAAAGCUUUCUUUCGGCGCAAUGCCAACAAAGAGAAAGAGAUUCGGUGUCCGUUCAACGAACAAUGCGAGAUAAACAUGGUCUCGCGACGAUUUUGUCAGAGAUGUCGGCUUACCAAGUGUUUUUCGGUGAGAUAGAGUGGCUGUGGUUGUAGAUGAAUAAUUGUAUGUAUAGGUUGGAAUGAAGAAGGAGUGGAUUAUGAGUGAAGAAGCUCGUCUCGAGAAAAAACAGAGAGUCGAGGAGAACAGAGAGAGGAGGUUACAGGUAAUUUUUGCAGUUCUUCUCGAGAUUCUAUAAAAUGGAUCGUUUAGGACGCUCUGAAUAAAGCGUUGGAAGAAGCGAACAUGGAAGAAGACGAUAAUAGUUACGACGAGCCUCCACCUCAAAUGUCAGUCAGGCAAUACCUCGCAUCAUCCGACGAGUGCGCAAACCAACAACAGCCACAAAGCGAUGAGAUGUCACCUCUUGUGGGACAUCACUCCUUCAACAUGAAAGACGACAAAAUGAUCAACUACUAUCAAGACGGACCAUCAGACAUCGGGUAUUCCAGUCAUGAAUAGUCAGUGGUUUGAGAUCUUCUGUGUGUUUUGUGUUCGGACGUUUUGAAACCAAAUUGUCUUGCUUUUGAACUUAUAUUACUGUCGAAUUCAGAAUUUUUUCUUGAUUAAACCUGACUUUUUCAGUUGUGACUACAAUCAACUUCCCCCGAACUCUUCAUGUGGAGGGGCACACUUGAUGGAUCCCAAUCUAGGUAAGUUUUGAUCUAACAAUAAUCACUUUUCCUUCUGUUUUGCUAUUUUUGUACCGCUUCUAGGCGUAACUACUAUUGCCGAUACAAGCGCUUCUACAUCUAACAUCGCUGUCGCGACUGUUGAUGUUGAGUCCAAGAUUCCAUCCAGCGUGUUUUUGCCUGCAACUAUAUCAACUCUACAAGAUGUCGCAGGUGAUUUUUUGUUGAAUAAUAGCUCGCAUUUGUUUUUAGUUUGACUGUGUACUAACUCUCAUUUUAUUCAGCCAUCAUAUCACAAGGAGAAACGGCAAAUUUAGGAAUUUGUGCCCAGGACGUGGUCGAUAAUAAUUUGAUAAAUGUCGCUGCAGUUCAAGCCCAAGCGGUUAUCAAUCAUACGCAACAGGUGAGAGUUACUUUAACAAUUACGUGGCUUUAAAAUUCAUGCUCAUUCUGUUUGCAGCUUGCCGCUGCUGUAGUCGCUCAACAAGUUGUGUCCCAUAUCGCGCCCGUCCUUCCCGCAGUUACCCAACUAGAUCCUCUCCUGACGCCCGCUCUUAUCGCAGCUACUCCAGCGCUUCCGCUACCACCCCCGAUGAAUGCGGGACCGCUAGGCAUUCCAAUGAUACCCAAAGACCUGCCAGUGAGCGUAUCGCUCCUCAAUCAGCUGGAACAAACUGCCGCAGAUAUGGUAACUGUUCCUAAGGACGUGAGUGCAAUAUUUCUUCCAGACCAAUUCUGCUUUCAACGAGAUGAAGUUCCAGAUGUUGAUGAAACUGAUCCAGAACACGUCAAGAACAAGGUGUACUUGCACAUGUGUGUGUGGACGGUAUCCUCCGGGCUGUUUGAUUGUGGAUGAAGUAACCAGGGAUGUACUGCUUGGCGGUGGUUCGAGUUGUAGCGCGGAUAGAGAUGAAGCCCGAUUAGAUACCACGGAAGACAUGCAGGUAUUAAGAGCGACUGAUCGUUCGAGCCAAAUCCUGUGACAUUUUAGAUGAAUGGUCUGUUGCCCGGCGAGUCCAACUCAUCAAUCCACUGGCUCAGCCAGCAAUCCGCCGCUCAGGCGGUCGUUGAUCCCAUCAGCCAUUCCGUCUCAGCCGAAGAAGCUCAGAACCAGAGAGAACGUAGGGACUCUGUAUUUGGCGCUUAUUCAUCUGCGGACCAAGUCAAUCUUACUCAACCGAAAAGUGUGCAGGAAGAAACAUUCUGGGAGCACACUGUCGCUGAAAAUGAGUCGCGGGAGCUUUCAAUGGAAGAAGUGGAAAAAAUGGACGAACUGACCGAAAUAUCAAACUGUUGGACGUCGGUGGGAUUGGACAGUGUUCCAAUCUUGGAGCUCUUCACCGACAGAAACAUUGAAUCUAUGGUGAACAACCUGAAACUGCUUUCAUCUUUCCGAUUCUUACCAAAACGCGACAAACGCUUAGUUAUCAAACGUACGCAAAAUUUACCUAGAAAAAAUAUUAUCGUUAUCUUUUUUCAGGAGGAUUAUUCAACUACUGUGUAGUCAAAUGGAUGCAACACAAGGAGAGCAUGUCGUUGGAGGGGUUGAGCGAUCAUGUCUGCAAGGAUUUUAUGGAGUACGUUUCGCAACUUUGAGUUGCAAUAUUACUAAAUUAUGUGACUUUUCAGGCUCGUAAGGAUGAAAGAGUUUCUGUAUCGCGUUCAACCAGGAGCCUUCAACGCAUUAGCCAUUAGUGUGUUGUUCCACAGCUCUUCGGAAAAUCUGAUCUCUACAGAAAUUUAUAUGGAACAUCUUGUGUUCAAAAAGUUACUUGACAAGUAUGUUUACCCUAAAUUACCUAAAACAAACUACUUUUCUUAUUUCAGAACGCUGCCAAUCAAAGUGUCUAGUGACAUGGUGUACAAUAACUACUAUCCACAAAUCGCUAUAGCGGCCCGACACUUGGAGCGUAUCAUCGGUGGCAUUUCGGAUCGUCUCAUUCGUCAGGCGCUGUCUUUUCAUGAAUAG